AUGGUGUCGGCCCGGGGCGCUGCCGCCCGCCGCGGAGCGCUGCUACUGCUGCUCGCCGCCCUCGGAUCCUUCCAUCUGCGCUUCGCCCGUGCCGCAGCAUCGUGUCCCCGGAGCCUGGAUUGUGCCCUACAGCGCCGAGAGUUCUGCCCACCAGGGUCGGGUGCCUGCGGGCCCUGCCUGCCCCCGUUCCAGGAGGAUGACCGCGGGCGCUGUGUCCAGAAGCAGCUCUCACCCAAUGGACGCUCCUCCGUUCCCAGCUUGGAGGCAGAAAUUGAUUUUCUCGCAGAUGUGCUGGCCAAGCAGGAGGCUCCUCGCCACCACCCGCUACAGGAUGGCAGACCCAGGACCACCCUGGUGCCCAACGUCAGCAGACAGCGUGUGGCCAGUGGGCUGAGAGGGGGGCAUCUGCAGCAGGGUCCCACUGGCACUAUGGCAGCCACCACCCUCCCCACCACUGCCACAGUCCAGAAGUACCCAGUGGAGGCGUCCCCCAUCCCUGCAAAUGACAACAUAGUGCUUGGGCUGAUCGUGAUGUGCACAGUGGCCGGGAUCUCAGCACUGAUCGUGGCAGCCAUCUGCUGGUGCAGGCUGCAGAAGGAGGUCAGGCUGGCACAGAAAGCAGACUACUCAGCCCAGCGAGUAGCCAGCCCCCUGCCCUAUGACAAGAUCUCGCCCGGGGACAAGACGCUGGCUCAGAGUGCCCAAAUGUACCACUACCAGCACCAAAAGCAGCAGAUGCUCUCCCUGGAAAAGCAUAAAGAGGAGCCCAAGCUGCCAGACUCGGCAUCAUCUGAUGAGGAGAAUGAGGAUGGAGACUUCACCGUGUAUGAGUGCCCUGGGCUGGCUCCGACCGGAGAGAUGGAAGUGAGAAACCCGCUGUUUGACGACUCUUCCUUACACCCCUCCAACCCCAAGUCGCACCAGUAACCAUCCCAUCUCCUGUUCCCGAGCUUGCUACAGACUGUGCCCGCUGUGCCCGCGGCUGUGCCCGGCGGGGUGGCCGUGCUGGAGGGGCACCCACAGCUGGGCCGAGGGACCUGGACCUGACCCCGCGCUGCCAGACUGUUCAACGCCUGCCCAAUAAACACCCACUAACAGCUAUGGGGGGGGGAUCGCCCCCGUUUCCAGCCUCCUUGUCCUCUUUGCUGCUGUGAUCGCGUCCCUGCAUUGCCCUUCGCUCACAGCUCUCGCAGGCGCAGGGGGCAGCUGCCUUGACACAAAAAUUGGGGGGUGAGGGGGGACUGCGGCACUGUCCCUCUGUGGUUGGCUUUGAGGAGGGGGCUGCUGCCCCGGUUGCAGCUAGGCUGAUACACAGCAGCUGGGAAGGAGCCAGAGAGAGGGCCAGAAAGUAGGAGAGGGCCAGGAGGGCUGGGCAUGCUCAUGCCUGGCAUCAGGGCUGCCAGCCUGCCCAGAGCCCCUCUGCCAGGGAUGGAGCCUUUUCCUGGAGGAGGUGGCAUCACUAAGGGCUUCAGUGCCCAUUCUGCCUCCUCCAUCCCAGCCUGGGCAGCUCCUGGCAGCAGGAUAGUGCUCUAGGAGCCAAUGGCAGGAGCAGGAGCAGCUUAAGCAGGCAUUGGCAUCACUCCCCAGGAUGCUCAUUCAGAUGCUGCCCUAUGCUCUGACCCCUUUAGGCGUGCUGGGCUUCAGGUCCCCUGAGACAUGGACAGUCCCAGUGCCACUGUGGCCUGGGAGCCCACAUCAGUCUGUGCUGGCAGAGGAUAGGCUCUCUCUUACCAGAGGCCUCAGUGAGGUAAAAGCUCAGAAAAAGUGUUCAAGGUUUUGUUUUUAAGCCUAUGUGGCUGUGGGGGAGGAAGGAACAGGACUGGAGAGAGCUGGGAUGGCUGAGAGGGGUAGCCAAGGCAUGGGGGCUUUGCUGUGCUGCUUCAAACCCCACAGAGCCCAUGCCCUGGCAGCAUCCCUGUGGAGCCUGGCAUUGUGUGUUCUCUGAGCAUCCCUCUGUAGCAGGCGACAGUCUCCACUGCUCCAUCCCGGGCACCUCUCAGGCCUCAGACACUCCCUGCACCUCUUUGUUGCCUGUGUCCAGCCUCACCAGCUGUCACCAACAUGUUUUUGCUUGGAGCCCAGUGCUGCUCCUCAAACUCUCCCAGGUGCAUAGGCCAUGAACCCCUCCAGUGGAAGGUCCAGAACAGGAUUUGGGGUUUGGGUUACUUUGCACAGGUGUGGCUUCAUGUCCAGACCCUGUUGUGGACUGUCACUGCCACAGGUGACCUGUUGUUCUCACAGGAGCCAUUGCACACUCGGGCAGGCAUGGGCAGGGCAGGCAGCAGUGGCAGGGAUGUGCUGGUGAGUGGUGGUGGCGUGGGACCAUCCCUGUCCCUGGCAGGGUGGCUGACGGAGGCCACCAUGGCACAGAUUCUGUCCCCAUGUCCUGUGCUCCCCCUCCCCUGGGCUGCUGCCACUCUCCCCACACCUCUCGUCGUUGUUGUAUGAAUUGUAGUUCUUUUAAAAGGAGAUUUUAUUAAACAACCAUGUUUGAGACCCA